AUGGAACGAACAUUGAUCAGCUCGUCUGAUUCCGCGAGACUUCUUAGUCUUCACGAAGAAGCAGCACGAAAUCACGAGCCAACGGAUCGUCGUGUUUAUCAAACUCUCGAGAAUGUGAAAUGCUCGUGGAAACCCGAUCUUCAACUCCGUUCUUUCUGCUUUCUGUUUCAGAACCUGAAGAACCAGAUCAUGACGACGAACGUUUGGGUGGAACAAGAGUGGAACGAUUACAAGCUGAAGUGGAACCCGGAUGAUUAUGGCGGUGUCGACACCCUCCACGUGCCGUCGGAGCAUAUAUGGUUGCCGGACAUUGUUCUUUACAACAACGCCGAUGGCAACUACGAGGUGACCAUUAUGACCAAGGCAAUUUUGAACCAUACGGGGAAGGUGGUGUGGAAACCGCCAGCGAUCUAUAAAUCAUUUUGCGAGAUCAACGUGGAGUACUUCCCCUUUGACGAGCAGACUUGCUUCAUGAAAUUUGGUUCGUGGACUUACGACGGGUACACGGUCGACUUACGACACCUGGCCCAGUCCGAAGACUCGAACCGCAUCGACGUCGGGAUCGACCUGACCGACUAUUACAUUUCCGUCGAGUGGGACAUCAUAAAAGUGCCUGCCGUGAGGAACGAGGCGUUCUACAUAUGCUGCGAGGAGCCCUACCCCGAUAUCGUGUUCAAUAUCACCCUGCGCCGCAAGACCCUCUUCUACACGGUGAACCUGAUCGUACCGUGCGUGGGCAUAUCUUUCCUCUCGGUGUUGGUGUUUUACCUGCCGAGCGACAGCGGCGAGAAGGUCUCGCUGUCGAUCUCGAUACUGCUGUCGUUGACGGUGUUCUUCCUAUUGUUGGCCGAGAUCAUACCGCCCACGUCGUUAACGGUGCCGUUGCUCGGCAAGUACCUGCUGUUCACGAUGGUACUGGUCACCCUGUCCGUGGUGGUGACGAUCGCCGUGUUGAACGUGAACUUUCGCUCGCCCGUCACCCACCGUAUGGCGAAGUGGGUCCGGGUGGUGUUUAUACAAGUGUUGCCGCGGUUCCUUCUGAUCGAGAGGCCGAAGAAGGAAGACGACGACGAGGAGGAGGAGGAGGUGGUGGUGGGGAGGAACGGCGUCGGUGUCGUCGGCGUGACAGCGGACGGCGAGCCGGUCGACGAGGACGACGACGACGACGACGUCGAGGCGACCAACGGGAAACCGCCCGAGGGCAUGCUCACCGAUGUGUUCCAUGUACAAGAGACUGAUAAGUACGACACGUACUACGGCAACAGGUUCAGCGGGGAGUACGAGAUACCUGCACACGGGCUGCCACCGUCGGCGACCAGGUACGACCUUGGCGCAGUGGCCACCGUGGGCACUGUAGCGCCCUGCUUCGAGGAGCCACUACCCUCGCUGCCACUGCCGGGGGCUGACGACGACCUCUUUGGCCCGGCCAGCCCCGCAUACGUUCACGAGGACGUCAGCCCCACAUUCGAGAAGCCGUUGGUUCGCGAGAUCGAGAAGACCAUCGACGACGCCAGGUUCAUCGCUCAGCACGCCAAGAACAAGGACAAGUUCGAGAGCGUGGAGGAGGACUGGAAAUAUGUGGCGAUGGUGCUCGACCGUAUCUUCCUCUGGCUAUUCACGGUAGUCUGCGUGCUGGGCACGGUGUUCAUUAUCCUGCAAGCGCCGAGUCUCUACGACACCACGAAGCCGAUCGACAUCAAGUACAGCAAGAUCGCGAAGAAGAAGAUGAUGCUGUUGAACAUGGGUUCCGAGGAGGACUAGUCGACGAUCCCGCGCGGCUCCGCGCCGCGUCCACAGCGGCAGCUGCUACGCUGUCAUCGUCAUCGUUGUUGCCACCGUCGUCGACGGCGUCGUCGCCGUCGCCGUCGUCGUCGUCGUCGGCGUCGUCGUCGUCGUUGUCGCCGUUUUCGUCGUUGUCGUCGUCAUUGUCGUUGUCGUCGUCAUAAUCGUCGUCGUCGUCGUCGUCGUCGUCGUCGUCGUCGUCGUCGCUGUUGUCGUUCAGCGGCCGCCGCCCAUCAUCGAAACUGCCGAUUUUCGCGUCGACGUGCAAGAGGACCCUCUCUCGAUCGCUGCUGCCGGAGAUGAUGAAAUCUCCGCGAGGAACAGUGGAAACAAGGAGGCAGAAAUCGCGAAGGCGUGGAUCUUUCCCUCUUGGAACUGUGGACGCGAUCCGAUAUUCGGGUCUCGAUCCCUGGGACUCGUUGAAACGCGAGAUGAGAGUGGAGUGAUUCGCGGGAGGGAAGAGGGAGAGAGAGAGAAAUAUGAGAGAGAAUCGUGUGCACGGACGAGAGUGAUCGGGAUGAGCGUGUGAGAGGGAUGAAACGAGAGAGAGAGAGAGAAAGAGAGAAGGAUGGAUGAAGCGAAUGGGGGUGCGAAAGAGGUGAGAGCGCGAUUGAAUGAGGAGAGAGGAGAGGAUUCGGGGCGGGGGGUUGGGAGGGGGAGGCAAGAGAGAGAGGAGAAAAAGUGCCAAAUACGCGAAACACACGCGCAACGUAUUUUUGUAAAUCUGGUUUCAUACGUAAGGCUAGAGUCGUGCGGCGAGACGUCGAACUGCCCGAACUGCCGAUUUUAUAUAAGAAGACGUUUAAAGAAACAAACACGUACACGUUAUAUACACGCACGCAUAUACGUACACACAAGCCACGAGCAGGAACACGUAUACGAAGGGAUAUAUACGUAUACAUUCGUGAUUCUUGCAUACAUACGCGCACACGCAUACGUACAGGCGACAUCCACACACACACACACACACGUACACACACGGGUUUCACACUUGCGCAGAACGAGCAUGUUAACAUUUAUACGUAACGAAAGAAGCUAAAACAAGAGAAACAUAAGAAGAAGAGGAGGGAGGAGAAGAGGAAGAAAAAGAAGAAAAAAAAAGCAUCAAGGAAAGAAAUGAAUCGUGAGAAAAAACACACGCAUGCACAUCCGUUCGCGGUGUGCGUACGCAAGGUGCACACAUAGGUAUUAUAAAGAGAAAAGAAAAAAAAAAAAGAAUUAUACAUCCAUUACGUGCGUAGAUAUAACUCGACGAUCUCAGUAAACGCGUAUGAGCACACAACGCGAUAUUCAUCCGCAUAUUUCUCGACGCAUCGUAUAAUCACGGGGUGCGCCGCGCUCGCGCGGACACGACACACGCCACACGCACAACCGAGCAUAGAAACGCGAGCUGGAAACCAUAGGGAGAGCUUGGCGCGAGAAACGUACGACGAAGGAGGAUUCUUCGGACUGGAGAAUUGCUGGCAAUGGUAAAGAACGAGACUCGUUGUCGUCGUCGUCGUCGUCGUCGUCGUCGUCGUUGUCGUCGAGCCGGUGAUUAUCGUGCCAGGAAACGUGUGCUGCUCGCUCAAGCAACGAGAGACUCGAAAAAAGAGAGAGAAAAAGAAAGAAAGAGAGCACGAACUGAAAAUUUCCCUCGUUUCUCGCCCAUUCCUUUCUCCAUCUGCAUUUUCUUUCUUUUUUUUUUUUUUUUUUUUUCUUUUCUCUCGUUUUAGCUUAAACUCGAUCGUCGAACGAAGUAAAUGUGGCGCAAACGUGUGUAAUAUCUCCGUCGGAAUAAUUUCUUUUUAAUUCCUCGAACUUUGUUCCUUGUCAUUUUAUCCUCCUGUAAAAAGAAAAAAAUUGUUUAACCGAAAUUAUUCAGUCGAGUCUCGUGGUUUGAAUGUUUAGCACACGGCCUGGUGCGUCGAUCUAGAAUAAUGAAAAAUCAAGCGAUCGAUCGAAUAAUUUUCUCGGCGAGCAAGCUAUUCGUCCAGCAACCGACUCUUUCGUCGUGCGUGUUCUCGACGAAAUAUAACGAGGAGAGAGAGAUAGAAGAAUCGCGAGCAGAGAAGCUCGCAAACAACUGCCAAUUUUAAGAGCAACGGACUUUGAUUGAUCCGAUUCCUAGAAGCGAGCAAGCAUCACCCAGAUAAAAUUAAAAAAGCAAACGAUGUUUUUGUAGCGAGAUCACGAGUCUUUUUUAUUUAUCGAGAUGAAGUUUGAGAUGAUCGUGAAGAGAACUCGGCGAAUUUUCAACCAGUAAAUCGCAGAAAUAUUCGCCAAAUACACACGAAAUCCUGAGAUACCGUGGAGAAACUAAUCAAUUAUCUUCAUUCGUGACUCCAUCGAGUGCGUUCAAAUCUCUGAUGAACUUUGUCUAUCCACUCUUCGUUGUCGAAGAAUCCUUCGACAAGAUUGAAUCUGCAAUUGUCGUUUCCUGCUUAUUUAACUCUUCAAAGAUGAAGACCGAGUUUGUGAUCUUCUCUCGAGUGGAGGAGAUUCACGUAAAAUUCUAUGAAAGUGUUCAACUUUCUUCUUAUUUAAAAUCAAUUCAACUUUUAUUUCACGUGCUGGCAUUCCUCGUGC